UCCAUCAAAGGACUUCCGUUUCGCGUUGAUUGCUCUUCUAGCCGUGUGCGGUAUUCUACGCUUCAAUGGCUGUCCUCCUGCAGACACACCGAUGAUCUGUAAUCCACGCGUGGAAGAAAGACUAAUCUCGUGCUUCAUGCACGGCUGUUCUGAAUGCAUGUUUGAUUCAGAUAAAGGCUGUAUUUCUUCUCUAAUGCCGGGAAUUAUUUCCAGCUUUAAUCGACCUCAAACAAGAUAACCUCCAGCUGCAGGACCCUGCUGGCUGUCUGACAGCUCUCAAGUGCAUCUAGAUUUUUUAUAUAUGUCGUUAUAUAUCAUCUGAAUGUAGGACUUCUUGUAAAUCCUAACUUAAGUUUAUUUCGUCUACGAUCGCCGGAGCAACAUUUAAGUCUGUUAUAAUAAUAAUAAUAAUAAUCGCAAAUCCGGUUUUUAAACGCGUCUCGGACCGCUCGGCCGUCGUUAAAACCCAACAGCAGCAGCGUCUAGAUUGAACUUUUAUUUUGUUCAACAUUUCAGUCUCAGAUGCACACAGCGGCUGUAUGGGAGUGAAACUCUCCCACACGGAAGUGACUUACACACACACGUUAGGCCAGUGAUCGCUUGUGUAUUUCUAAGUGAAGUUGUAUUAACUUAGUUGCGUCCAUUGAAUUGGUUAUUAAAAUGAUUCCUGACAAGGCACCAGGCGAGGAUGUGUUACACGCUUCAGGAGACCUGAAGAAACAGGCGCACAUCCCCAGCUUUGAGAAAUACAAAGAGCUCUACUUCAGAUCUGUCGAGUCUCCCGAGGAGUUCUGGGGAGAUGUUGCCAAAGAUUUUUUCUGGAAGACAAAAUACACCGGGAAGUUUCUGGACUACAAUUUCGACGUAACCAAGGGUGAAAUAUUCGUGAAGUGCAUGGAAGGUGCCACAACCAACAUCUGCUAUAAUGUUUUGGACCGCAACGUCCAUGAGAGGAAACUGGGUGACAAAGUGGCUUUUUACUGGGAGGGUAAUGAACCUGGAGAUGAAAAGACCGUGACAUACAGAGAACUGCUUCAGCAAGUCUGCAAGUUUGCCAAUGUCCUCAAGUCGCAAGGCGUGAAGAAAGGUGACUGUGUAUCUAUUUACAUGCCCAUGGUGGUGGAGCUGGUGGUGGCCAUGCUGGCCUGCGCUCGGAUUGGAGCGGUCCACUCUAUAGUGUUUGCUGGUUUCUCCGCUGAGUCAUUGUGUGAAAGGAUCAUGGACUCUCAAUGCUGUAUUCUUAUAACAGCAGAUGGCUUUUACCGCGGUGAUAAGCUGAUCAAUCUGAAGCUUAUAGCUGACGAGGCGCUACAGAAAUGCAGGGACAAGUCUUUCACAGUGGAGAAAUGUAUAGUGCUCAGACACCUCACAAAAGAAGAUGAGGUUUUGUCUGGGUCGCUGUCGCCCCCAGUGAAACGCACAUGCCCUGAUCUGCAGCAGGAGAAACAGAAAGAAAGAGUAAGGAAGGUCCGUCUCCCCCCACAGGUGCCGUGGAAUCCUGAGGUUGAUUUGUGUUGGCACUCUCUGAUUGGUGGAGCAUCAGAGGAGUGUGAGCCUGUCUGGUGUGACUCAGAAGACCCGCUCUUCAUCCUCUACACCAGCGGCUCUACUGGGAAACCUAAGGGUGUAUUGCAUACAGUGAGUGGAUACAUGCUCUACACUGCGGCCACCUUUAAGAUGGUGUUUGAUUAUCAGUAUGAUGAUGUGUACUGGUGCACUGCAGACAUUGGUUGGAUCACCGGUCACUCAUACAUCACAUAUGGGCCGUUGGCCAAUGGCGCAACAAGUGUGUUGUUUGAGGGUCUUCCCACAUACCCGGAUGUGAGCCGAAUGUGGGAGAUUGUUGAUAAAUAUCACAUCUCCAAGUUCUACACAGCACCCACCGCCAUCCGGCUCUUGAUGAAGUACGGCAGCGAGCCCGUUCAGAAGUAUAAACGGACCUCGCUGAAGAUUUUGGGGACCGUAGGGGAGCCCAUAAACCCAGAAGCCUGGCAGUGGUACUACAGCGUGGUGGGAGAGAAGAGAUGUCCGGUGGUGGACACCUUCUGGCAGACUGAGACGGGUGGGCAUGUGAUGACCCCUCUGCCGGCCGCUACUCCCAUGAAGCCUGGCUCUGCUACAUUUCCCUUUUUUGGGGUUGUACCUGCUAUUCUGGAUGAGUCAGGGGAGGAACUUGAAGGACCAAGUGAGGGCUAUCUGGUGUUUAAACAGCCUUGGCCAGGUGUGAUGAGAACUGUGUAUGGGAACCACGAAAGGUUCGAAACCACCUACUUCAAGAAAUUUCCUGGAUAUUACGUGACUGGAGAUGGUUGUCGUAGAGAUAAGGACGGGUACUACUGGAUCACCGGAAGGAUAGAUGACAUGCUGAAUGUGUCUGGGCACUUACUGAGCACUGCGGAGGUGGAGUCAGCUCUGGUGGAGCAUGAAGCUGUGGCUGAGGCAGCGGUUGUGGGGCGGCCACACCCUGUUAAAGGCGAGAGUCUUUACUGUUUCGUCACCCUCAAUGACGGAAUCAACUACAACCAAAAGCUGGAGGGGGAGCUUAAAAAGCAAGUGAGAGAUAAGAUUGGUGCCAUAGCUACACCUGACUACAUUCAGAGUGCACCCAGCCUUCCAAAAACCAGAUCAGGUAAGAUUAUGCGUCGUGUCUUGCGGAAGAUAGCGCGUAAUGAGCGGGAUUUGGGUGAUGUGUCUACGUUAGCAGACAGCUCUGUCAUUGAACAGCUGUUUGAGAACCGCUGCUGUACUGCUGUGUGACCACCAGGGGCAUCCAACACAACGCCACCGUCCGGCCCCGACACCAGCUUCAGUUCUGGAGGGAAGAGGAUGAGUCUGAGCUGUGGAGUUUAGGAUAAUGCUAGUGGGCAGACAGAACGAAAAAAGCUUAGAGAUGUAUUAUUCCUAAUGCAAUUCACCGACUUAAAGUAAUCUCUUGGAAACCCCAAGGUUUGGCAUAGAGUUUUAAGGACCCAAUUGUAUGUUAGAAAACAUUGUUCCCACCCUCCACCGAAAAUUUAUUUUUAUUAUGUUUAUAAUUUCCGUCUCUGUCUCCAUGCAUCAGUUCAUUAAUCUUUAUAUGACUAUACUGUCUUGCUUUCAAUGUGCCAACAUAACCUCAAAACAAGUUUUUUGUUCAUUUUUAUUUUUUUUUUCACUACUAAAAUGGGAUUUAAGACUGUAUAUGUUCUAAUUUUGUUGUGUACUAUGUAAUAGCGCUGUUUAAAAUCUCUCUGCUUUGGUCAAAGGUUUCAUUUUAACAUUUAAAGCUACACAUUGUAUAGAGCUCUCUAUACAAGCCAAAGCACACAUUAAUAUUUACCAGAAUAACAUGGUAUCAUGAAGGUGUCACCAGUGUUAAAACUUAACUAUGGAUAUUUUAUUCCUGGAACAGUUUGCAACUUUGUGCUAAAAGUUUGUGCCUGAACUGAUAUUAUAUUUCUUCAGGAAAGUUAUGAAAGCCCUACGAUUGACUGCAUAAAGGCUGUGUUCAUUUGAAAAAAGGCACUUAACAGAAGUAAAUGACAUUUCCGACCAUUAUGUUGGUCUUGUUGUAGUCCUGAUACUUAGACCUGUUCAAUGGGCUUUCCAUUUUAUCAAAUCAUAUUUCAAAGUGUUAAAAUCAGUUUUUUAUAUUGUGAAGGUAUCCUCUCAAGAAGCUUUUGUAGGAGAAAAGUGAUCAAAUUCCAGCUGUUAUAUGAGUGUAAGGUGCUCUCAUGCAUCAGUACUGUAUCUCUGGACUGUGUUUGUUACUAUUAUCAGAUUGAUUUCUUCCAGCUUGGCAUUAACUCGAGUUUUGGAUAUUUCAUAGCUCUUAAUGUGGAUGAGUAUUAGCUGUCAAGGCUUUUCUCAACCCUGUAAGCAUUCACUAGCCUACAUGAUGAGCGACUGUUUAUUUUCCUUCUCACUCAUUUUCUUAUAAUCAUUUGAGUAGAGCGAUGUCUCAAACAGAACUGGGUGCAUUAAAGUGCUGAAAUUUUAAA